AUGGCCUACACGAUGUCUCCGGGUGAGACACACACGGCGGUGCAUGAGCAGCUGCAGCGCAUCGAGAGCGCGUACUUCUACGCCCCCGGCGACUCCAUGGCGGCGGUGCACCCCGUGCAGGGCACCGUCUCGCCGCGCCACGGCAACAACAUGCGGCCGGUGUGCAUCGUCUCGGGCAACGGUAACCGCCCACUCGCGGAGGCGGUGGCGCUGCUGUUGGGGUUCCCGACACACCAGACAGUGGUGACGCAGCAGGCGAGCGGCGAGGUGAUUGUGCGCAUCGAUGAGAGCGUUCUUGGCGCUGAUGUGUACAUCAUUCAGAGCACAACCGGAAAUGAGCUCAUCGACGUCAACACAGCAGUUAUGGAGCUACUGCUGCUGAUUCGCAAAAUGCGCUUGAGUAACGCAAAGCGGAUCACGGCGGUGAUUCCCUUCUUCGGCUACUCGCGGCAGGACUCCAAGCCGAAUGUGCGCGGCACCAUUUCCGCCUCGGCAGUUGCGGAGAUGCUGACAAAAGUCGGCGUGUCCCAAGUCAUAACACUCGACCUGCACUCGGGGCAGAUCCAAGGCUUCUUCGGCAACACACCGCUUGACAAUCUGCAGAUGUGCCCUGAGUUCGCCCAGUACUUGCGCAGCCGGUCGUGGUUUGAUCCAAGCAACAUGGUGGUUGUCUCGCCCGGCUCCGGCAGCGUGGAGCGUGCACGCAAGCUUGCCGACGCGCUGAGCAUUGGCCGCAUCGUGACGGUCAUGAAGCGCCGCAGCAACACUGGUGCCGCGACGUGGCAGGCAGUGGGCGACGUUGCGGGACACAUCUGCGUCGUCGUUGAUGACAUGUGCGACACCGGCGAGGGCCUCGUGAAGGUGUGCGAGCUGCUCGAGACACUGGGGGCGGUGAAGGUGACGGCGUGCUGCACGCACGGUAUUCUGACGCCGCCGUGCGCGCAGCGCCUCAACGAGUGCAACGCGCUCAGCGAGAUUGUCGUGUCCGACUCCAUCCCGCAGGAGGAGCACCAGCGCAUGAUCCCGAAGCUGAGGGUGCUUACCAUCGCCCCACUGCUCGCCACCGUGGUGGACAAGCAAACGCGCGACGAGAGCAUCAGCUGCCUCUUCGACCUGCCGUGCCCACCUGUGCGGAAGGCGGCAGGCGCGAAAGCGUAA